UCGUAUUCGUAUUACUGAGCGACUGGUCGCGUUAGUGGUCGCAGUUUCACCGUGCCGUGCUGUCAGUUGUAUCAAGCACUAUCAUCGCGACGCAUCUCUUAUUAUUGGCUCUCGAUCUCGGCACGCCGCUACGUGCGUGCGUGCGUACGUACGUACGUGCAUAUAUGUAUACCUUCACGCGCCAGGUGCAUCAGCAGGUGAUUGUCAGUCGAAUCACGGACGCGCACGAUACUCGCGACAUUCUCGUCGCUCAGUCGUCGCUCGAGACGUGCACGUAACAUCGAGAAAUGUCGAAGGACGUUGGAAAAGAUUUUUUGGCAAACCCGGAAACCGAGCAGCUGUUAUCUACUGACACAUGCGGUAAUGCAACAGAAAAAUGUGUAAGACUUCAGCGAUGGGCGACAGACAAAUCGAACGUUCAAGGUGACGUAUCGUCAUUGAAAUCAACGCCUCAGGACAAAUCUGUAUUGAAUAAUAACGUACAGAGCGGCGAAACCUCGAAUAAUCCGGUUGCCGUGAUAACGCUCUCCUCAAUUACCGUAAAUGACAAUGAAGAUAAUAACGAUCCGCCGCCUUAUAGCGCAAUCGCGUUACCAAAUCACGCCAGAUGGCCGUAUGGACUUUUUUCGUUCGGCAACAUGUAUUCUACGAACGAGGCGACCUGUAGAGUACAAAUACCAUUGACACCUUUCCAAGCAUCUCUAAUGUCGACUACAAAUUUCCAUUCUCAAGGGACUAAUGGUCAGCAUGCGUUGUUACCUAUGCCUAUAACGCCUGAGCGGUUUUUCAAGUUAGAUUGCCAUAGGAAUUCUUUUGCAUCGACGUCAUACGUAGACAAUGAGAUCGCGGAGAAAAUUGAUGACAAAAAAUCGCGAAGAUAUGGCACUAUUCUUGCAGCAGCGGCGGUUAUUAUUUUUCUUAUGGUUUUGUCUUUGAUGGUUCAUUUCGUCAUGGAGAGGAGUUGGUGGCGAAGAUAGCUUAUCAAUCAGCGGUUACUUCGAAAAUAUUCAUCGAUAAAUUAUAAUCCACAAAAAAUCAUUUAUUGACGAAUCUGUGAUUAGACUUUAGCAUAUACGUAGUUUUAUUUAACACGAAAUAUAGACUCUUGAGUUAUUAUACUAGUUGUUUCGAACCAAUCUCUUUGAAUACUCUCAUUUAUUUUCAAAUUAUAAAUGAUGGAGUUUUAGAGAUUUAUUAUCGUUAUUUAAUAUCUUGUUUGUGUUCUGUUUUCAAUAUACAAAACAUGAAACAUGUGUACGCUAUAUAUAAGAUAAUUUGAUAAUUGCAUUAAAAAAAAUUAUUUUAUAUCUUAAGUAGUAAUACCAUUAAUUUAUGCACGAUAUUGACAUUUUUGAAAUAUUAAAUGUCAGAUUUUAUAUUUAUACAUUUCAUAACUUGUUCAUUUUAUUUUUAUAUUGGUAUAAGAGAAGCAGAUAAUAAAGGUUAUCUUGAUUGAUCCAAUGUUAUGUAGUAGAUAUAUUACUUAUUGCAUUUUUAUUUAUCAAGAGAUAAUGUAAUCUAUUAAAAAAAUAUGUAAGUAUAUUGUAAUCAAACAGAUUUUAUUGCGACUGUUGACUUUUAUUAUACAUGUUUAAAUUGCGUUACGUUUACUAAAUAAUGAAAGUUGCAUUUUGAUAUUAAGAAUGAAUAAAUAAGAAUAAUAAUA